CCCGUCGACUUCCGCGACUGGGACCCCCGAUUACCCCCUCCUCCGCCGCGGCCGCGCCACCCCCCUCCCUUGCCGCUACUGACCGCCGCCUAUCCCCCCCUCGCCCGCUACAUCCUCGACUCCCUCCGCCGACACCGCUGCUGGUGCCCUCCAAUAAUCUCCGAUCUCCGCAAGCUUCGCCGCGUCCCCCCCGACCUUGUAGCCGAGGUCCUCCGCGCCCGUCCCCUACUCGACCCCGCCAUUUCCACCCGCUUCUUUCACUGGGCCGGCAGCCAGAAGGGCUUCCGCCACACCUUCGCCUCCUACAACGCCCUUGCCUAUGCCCUCAACGCCGCCCGCCUCUUCCGCGUCGCCGACCAGAUCCCGGAGCUCAUGGACUCCCAGGGGAAGGCCCCCUCCGAGAAGCAGCUCGAGAUCCUCGUCCGGUUGCACGCCGACGCCGGCCGCGGCCUCCGGGUCUUCCACAUCUAUCAGAAAAUGCGAGGUAAGUUCGGCGUCAAGCCCCGAAUUUUCUUGUACAAUCGAAUUUUGGACGCACUGAUCCGCACCGGCCACCUCGACCUCGCCCUCUCUGUCUAUGACGACGUCCGGGCUGAUGGUCUCAAGGAGGAGGCAAUUACCUUCACCAUUCUCGCCAAGGGACUGUGCAGGGCCGCGAGAAUUGAUCAGCUUCUCGAGAUUUUGGACCGAAUGCGGCAGGAGCUGUGCCGGCCGGAUGUUUUUGCAUACACGGCGAUGGUAAAGGUGCUGGCUUUGGAGGGGAAUUUGGAUGGAUGCUUGAGGGUAUGGGAGGAGAUGAAAAAGGAUAGGGUAGAGGCCGAUGUGAUGGCGUAUAAGACGCUCGUUUCAGGGCUGUGCAAGGCAGGGAAGGUGGAGAAAGCUCGCGAGCUGUUUCGGGAGAUGAAGAGGAAGGGGUUCUUGAUUGACCAGGCAGUGUACGGGUCGUUGGUCGAUGGGUAUGUGACAGAGGGGAAGGUUGGGGAUGGCUGUCAGCUCUUGAAGGAGAUGGUGGUGGAUGGGUACCGGGCUGAUUUGGGGAUAUACAAUUCGUUGAUUGAGGGUUUGUGUGGCAUUGGGAGGGUGGAUAAGGCUUAUAAGCUCUUUAGAAUGGCAGUUCAGGAGGGGCUCGUCCCAGGCUUUGAGAGUGUGACUCCAUUACUGGCUUCUUAUGCUGACGGUAAUGAGAUGGAUCAGUAUUUUCAACUGGUUGAUCAGUUGGGCAAAUUAGGUUUCCCAGUUAUGGAUCAUCUCUCUAACUUUUUCACAUUCUUUGUAGAGAAGGGAGGAAGGGAAUUCAAAGGUUUGGAGGUGUUUGAAGCUUUGAAAGGAAAAGGGUUUUGCAGUGUUGAAAUUUACAAUAUUCUUAUUGCAUGCCUUCACAAGAUUAAGGAGAGAAAGAGGGCGUUAUCAUUGUUUGAGGAAAUGAAGAAUUCAAGAGACUUUAGUCCAGAUUCUUGUACAUAUAGUCAUAUAAUUCCUUGUUUAGUAGAGGAAGGAGAUGUUAGAGAGGCAUGCUCCUGUUUUAAUUCGAUGAAGGAGAUGUCGUGGAUGCCUAGUGUUGCAGCUUAUUGCUCACUCGUGGAAGGGCUCUGUAGGAUUGGGGAAAUCAAUGCUGCCCUUACACUUGUUAAGGAUUGUCUGGGAAAUGUGACAAGUGGGCCUAUGGAGUUCAAGUACACUCUGACUGUUCUUAACACGUGCAGAUCGAAGAAUCCUGAGAAAGUGAUAGAAAUUUUGGAUGAGAUGAUGGAAGAAGGUUAUCCUCUGGAAGAUAUCGUAUAUUGUGCUAUCAUCCAUGGUUUCUGCAAGUACGCAAGUUCAGGAGAAGCAAGGAAGGUGUUUGCAGUUAUGAGAGAUCGCAAGAUUCUUUCGGAGGCUAAUUUUAUUGUUUAUGAGGAGUUACUUAAUGAGCAUUUGAAGAAGAUCACUGCUGGCUUGGUGAUCUCUGGUUUGAAGUUUUUCGGUCUCGAGUCAAAAUUGAAGCUAACAAGCAAUGAGGAUUGACCAUGUUGAAGAAAUUGCCAGGAUUUGACGUCUCGAGAUUCAGUCCAUAAUAAGCCUACAGCGAGAUCGAGGACGACGAACGGAGUUCAACGAGCCCAAGAACAGCCCAAGCGGGCGCACGUGUGAGCGCGGCCAGGCCCAAGCGGGUGCGCGCAGGCGUGGCCCACGUAGAGUUCUCAUGCGGUCCACGCACAGGGAUCCUUUCUCCGAUCUAUUUGGAUUUUAGGGCCCUUAAGAGGGUCUGUGGGCGAACAGAACAGAGAACACAUGCAGAGAGCAGCAGCAGCAGAGACCCUAUGGUGUGAAAUAGAGACUGUGACAGUUGGCAGAGAGCUCUAAGAAGUUCUAGAGGGUCCUUGAGUUCUGAUGAGAGGUUUGUAAGGAUAGCUUCUAGUUGAGAAUGAUUGUGUAUAAGGGUUGAAAGAGUGAGGAUCUCUUCUUAUACUUGUUCUUUUUCGUAAUAAAGCUUUGUAUGCCUCGUGGAAGUAAGCCUUGAACUGAUCCAUGUACUUAAUUUUUUUUCUUAUCUUAUAUUUAUUUUUUCUUA